AUGUUUAUCACGCACGAUCGAUACAUGAAGCAGCCGUCGCCCGUCAUCGAUCCCAUCAACCCCAUUUACCUCAACGGCCAGCCCCUCUUCUGCAGCUGUUUCCUCUUCUUCCGCCCCACCCUCCCCGCCAAGAGCCUCGUAGGCAACUGGGCGUUUCGCAUGGCAAAACUAGGCCGGCAGGGAGGGCUGGAUCAAGACCAACUGAACCUAGUCAUGCAGUGGAUGCUUGAGAGGAAGGUGCUUCCGAGGAUUGGCGUGCUGCCGCCGCUGCAGUUUCCGUCCGGGCAGUUGAUGAAGGAUCACUGGGGGAAGUUUGAGGAGGUGCGGCCGCGGGUGGUGAUGGUGCACGCGAAUUAUCUGACUGGGAAGGUGGCGAAGAUCAAGGGGCUGAAGAAGGCGGGGCUGUGGCGGGUGAAGGGGAACGCGCUGGGGAAUGCGACGGCUGCUGCUGCUGCUGCUGCUGCUGCCUCUGCCACUGGGGCUCCUGCUGCUGUUGCUGCCGCUGCUGCUGCUGUGGCUGGGAAGGGGAAAGGAGAUAGUGACAAGGAGGCAGGGGUAGUAGAAGGGGAUGAGGAAGAAGAGAAGAAGGAGGAUGAGGAGGAAGAGGAGGAGGAGCCGGUGCUGCUGUUCCCAAUGCCUAGGCGCCCGGAUGAGGCUGGAGAGGCGGACAGCCUUGGCGAGAGGUGGACAGCCUUGGCGGAUGAGACCCCAGGGAUGCUGGAGAGGGGGAGAGAGGAGGGCAGCGCAGGGGGGACGGGCAAGGUGGGGGAGGCCCGCGUGGGGGAGCCGCUGGCAGGAGGAGGGGGAGGGGGGGCGUCAGGGGGAAGCGGUGGGGGGGAGGAAGGGGGGGAUUGGGAAGCGGAGGUGUUGGGAGCGGUGGAGCCGUGGGUAGGGGAGCAUCUGGGGGAGAUGGAGGAGAAGGGGAUGAGGAUGAAGGGGGCUGCUGGCAUGGUGAUCGUCACUGUUGCCAUGCAUGCGUGGGUGGGGGGGCAUCUGGGGGAGAUGGAGGAGAAGGGGAUGAGGAUCAAGGGGGCUGCUGGCAUGGUGAUCGUCACUGUUGCCUGCGAUGGCCAGGAGGCGCUAUUCCGCAACUGGUUCACCCACGUAGGCCGCAUCCCUUCUCUCGGCAACAUCGUGCUCGCUUCCGUGCCUCCUCAGAUGCGCACGCCAGGGGGCCACGUGAUUACUCGCUCCGAUGAAAGCUUAUCGCCUCGAGUGGCCAGAGCCACGUGCCUACUGCUGCCUCCCCUCAUCCUCGCCCGCUUGCUGGCUGCCAAUGUCACCGUUGUCUACAGCGACAUCAACUCAGUGUGGCUGCGUGAUCCCCGCCGCUACUUCCCGCCAUCCCACUCCCUCGUGCUGACCUCCCUCUCCCACCAAGACCCGCCUCUGCAGCAGCAGCCGCCAGUCACGCCACCAGCGCAAGGGGCAGCAGAGAACAGGCAGCAGGCAGCGGCACCUGCUCCCCCCAACACCACUGCCCUCGCGCCGUCCCUUCUGGGGUCCCUCUCUCCAUGGCUCGUGGUUCUCCGCCCCUCCUCUGCUGUGCAAGCCAUGGUGCACCGCUGGGCGGUUGGGGCUUUAAGGGGUUAUGUGUCGGCAGGUGCGGCUGCAGGAAGGGGUGGUUCGGGCGUGUUUUCAGGUUCGGAGGUUCUCAGGACGGCGCUGAAUCAUGCCGUGGCGGAGAUGGUUCGGGGUGAGAGGCUCGUGGGAGUCGAGGAAGAUGGGUUCGGUGUAGGUUCGGAAGGAGGCGUGGACGCAGGCAUGGAAGCAGGUACAGAAGCAGGCACAGGAGCAGAUACGGGAGCAGGUCUGGGAGCAGGUCUGGGAGCAGGUCUGGGAGGAGGCACAAAAGAGGGGCAGCGGGGAGCAAGCGUGGGGGUGCUUCCAGAGCAGUUAUUCCCGCCUGGGUGGAGGGCGGUAGGGGACAGAGCAUGGCUGGAGGCGCAUAGGAAGGAGAUAGUGGCCGUGCAGGUGAGUUGUGGGGAGGAUGGUAGGCAGCAGGAGGUUUGCCUUCGAGACAUGAAGCUGUGGCUGUAA